CUGUAAACCGCUUAGAGAGGGCUGUAAAAGCACUAUGAAGCGGUAUAUAAGUCGAACUGCUAAUUGCAAAUUGCGAAUUGUGAAUCUCCUCUGUUCUUGUUUUUGCAGCUCAAUGGGUAGAAAGCAAUGGAUCCCUUCACCUGCUUACUAACCGCACUGCUGUUGGUGGGGAUGCAGAGCUGCCCGGAGGUCUGCCGUUGUGUAGCGAAGCAGAAAUAUGAGCGCUACGUUGCAGACUGCUCUUAUCAAGAUCUCCAGAUGGUUCCUCAGAACUUCUCCUCCAACACCACCACCCUCACCCUGUCGGUCAACCACAUUACCACGCUGGGCGAAGGAUCCUUCGCCAACAUGGCCAAGCUGCAAGGAUUGUGGUUCUCCUACAAUGAGAUCGGGGCCAUCGCUGUGGGUACCUUCGCUUUCUUGGUACACCUCCGAGCUCUUGACCUCAGCCACAACCAGAUCACGAAUUUCCCCUGGGGAGACCUAUCCAACCUCACAUCUCUGCAGCUGCUGAAGCUCAGCAACAACCAUCUGGAGAAGAUCCCUCCGGAAGCCUUCCGGUCCCUUAAGGAUCUCCGAUCCCUCUGGCUGAGUGACAAUCGGCUGGCUUCUCUCUCGGACGGGACCUUCAGCCCCAUGCCUAAGUUAGCUCAGCUCCAAAUCAACAACAACCCCUUUGACUGCACCUGCAAAAUUUGGUGGUUGGAUGGAUGGCUGCAGAGCACAUUGGUUUCCAUUCCAGAGAAGAAGUCCAUCACGUGUGCCACUCCGGAAAAGCAGAAAGGUCUUGUUCUUGGGAGAUCCUUGAAGCUAGACUGCUCCCUUCCAUCGGUGCAGCUGGUCUAUCAUUCCAGCUUGGGGGACAGUAAGUUGAAGGAUGGGCUCACCCUUCAGUUGCACUGCAACGCCGUGGGUAAACCCCCGCCGAAGAUCAGGUGGAAAAUCCAGACCGUUGAUGAACACGUGGCCAUCGACGGGCCCAACGUUGAAAGAGAAGAGGAUCUAGACUCGGCAGGUUCCUCGCAGAGCAGAGGGCGCUUCCUGGUCUUCAAAAACGGAUCGAUGGCGGUCACCAAAUUCAGCAAGGCCAGCGAAGGCAUUUAUACCUGCCAGGCCUAUAACGACGUUGGCUCUCGCGAGGCCUUCGUCCACGUAGCUUUGGCUGGCUCGGAGAAGCCCACCACUUUCCUCAAGAACCAUCUCCAAGCCAGCAAGAACCCCAACAAAACGUGCGACAUCAAAGAUGCUCUGACGCUUGGAGAAAAUGUGAACUUUGUCUAUUUGACUCCUACCAUGCCCAAGACGGUUUGCAAUGGAGGAGCUCGGAACCAGUUGGGUUUCCGGAGUCUAUUCCUGUUCUGCUUGCUUGCCCGUUACAGCUAAAGACGUUCACACAACCUCGGAAUCAGGUAGAAAAAUCCGAUUUCCUUCUGUAGGACGACCCACGGCAGCUCUUAGUUUAGGUUAAAAAGUUUCACACUUCGGUUCUAGACGAAGAAUCUUGGUUUGAACUGGGGCAGGAUCCCCCCCAUAUUCUCGAGUAAGAAAAGAAACAAUUAGACAGGCGGACAAUGAGAAGAAGAAGGAAAAAACCCCAAAAUACCGAUAGGCAAUCCUUUGAUUAGAUGAACAGAGGCAAUCCAAAACAUCGCAAGGAUUCGAAAGUCCAAAACUUUCUCAGGACCUAGGGAAAAAAAAAAAAAAGAGAGGGGAAAAAAAAAGGUGACCUCUUGAGGAUGCUUAUCUUGACUUGGUUGAAAUGGUGGAGAACUUACAGAGAUGUAAGGUCAACCUUGUCAGGUACAGAGUAGGAUAGGAAAGUAGAUCUUAGAGAUUUCGGCCUACGAUUCUCAGUUCUGACCGUGGCACGACAAAACCGCGCUCGACUAAAGCGUGCCCGAUUAAAC